CCUGUACAUGCUGUAAUUACCUUACCUCCCAAUGGGCCAUUUUGUGGCUAAAAUAACUGCAACUCGAAUUGCAAAACAAAAUAGCAGAAAGAUUGGUUACAUGCAUUUCUCAAUGACUGGUACAGUAGAGAUUUUUAAGAGUCAUCAGACUGUCAGUAACAGCAGUGUCUGUGGACUAAACUGUGGAACAUUUUGUGGAUGGAUGUGUAAGAGAUCAGACUUGUCUGAUCCUCUGCAGCUCAAUAUGGACGACACACAGACAUCCAGUAAUGGAGACUCUUGUCCAGGAAUCAGUUCAGUCAAGCAGAAGAGAACAGGAUCAGCAGAGCCCAGCUGUGUGUCCAUGAAGAGCAGUCAGUCUAUGGAUCCACCACUGCGUCUUAAUGAUGGAAACAAAUGCAGUAAUAUUUCUGCAAACAUAUGCUCAGUCCAUCAGAAGAGAACAGAAUCAGCAGAGCCCAGCUAUGUGUUUAUGAAGAGCGAUCAGUGUAUGGAUCCACCACUAUGUUUUAAUGAUGGAAACACAAGAUCUGGCAGCAGUUCUGUCCAUCAGAAGAGAGCAGAAUCACGAGAGCCCAGCUAUGUGUUUAUGAAGAGCGAUCAGUCUAUGGAUCCACCACUACGUUUUGACGUUGGAAACAUGCCAUCAGGCUGCAGUUACAGAUCAAUCCAGCAUAAGAGAACAGAAUCAGCAGAGCCCAGCUGUGUGUCUAUGAAGAGUGAUAAGUCUAUGGAUCCACCACUGCGUUUUAACAUUGGAAACACAUCAUCUGCCACCAGAAAGAGAAAAAACAGCAUGAGAGAGCAUCUCUUCCAGUUACCAAACCCCAGCCAUGUGCCUGUGAAAAGUGACUGUUCAGUGGAUUACCAAAUAUGUCUCAAUGGUGGAAACACUGGCCACCGCCAUGAAGUCCUCAACACAUUUAGAUCAAAUCUGAAGAACAAGUUUGAGUGUCUGUAUGAGGGAACGGCAAAGCAGGGAAACCCAACACUCCUGAAUGAGAUCUACACAGAGCUCUACAUCACAGAGAGUGAGAGUGGAGAGAUCAGUAAUGAACAUGAGGUGAGACAGAUUGAGACACAAUCCAGGAGAGCAGCAGCAGAGGACACACCGAUCAAAUGCAGUGACAUCUUUAGACCUUUACCUGGACAAGACAAACCCAUCAGAACUGUGCUGACAAAGGGAGUCGCUGGCAUUGGAAAAACAGUCUCUGUGCAGAAGUUCAUCCUGGACUGGGCUGAAGGGAAACAGAAUCAGGACGUCCAGCUCAUAUUUCCACUUCCUUUCAGAGAACUCAAUCUGAUGAAGGACAAAACACUCAGUCUUUCAGACCUUCUUCAUGUCUUUUUCCCUGAAACAAAAGAAAUAGACAUUUUCAGUGAAAAAUAUAAAGUGUUGUUCAUCUUUGAUGGUCUGGACGAGUGUCGUCUGUCUCUGGAUUUUCAGAGCGAUGUGAGGUUAUGUGAUGUAAGUCAAUCAGCCUCAGUGGACGUGCUGCUGAUGAACCUCAUUGCAGAGAAUCUGCUUCCCUCUGCUCUCAUCUGGAUCACCUCCAGACCAGCAGCAGCUGAUCUCGUCCCCUCUGAGUGUGUCCAUCGAGUGACAGAGGUACGAGGCUUCAGUGAGCCACAGAAGGAGGAAUACUUCAGGAAGAGAAUCAGUGAUCAGAGUCUGGCCGAUAGGAUCAUCUCACACCUGAAGUCAUCAAGGAGCCUCUUCAUCAUGUGCCACAUCCCAGUGUUCUGCUGGAUCUCAGCCGCUGUUCUGGAGAAGAUGUUGAGUCGAGCAGAGAGUGGAGAGAUUCCCAAGACUCUCACUCAAAUGUACACACACUUCCUGAUGGCACAGAUUAACAUCAAAGACACAAAGUACAACGAGAAAAAGGACACAGACAAAAAGAUGAUUUUCAAACUGGGGAAACUGGCAUACAAACAACUGGAAAAAGGCAAUGUGAUCUUCUAUGAGGAAGACCUGAGAGAGUGUGGCAUUGAUGUGACAGAAGCAUCAGUGUACUCAGGAUUGUGCACUCAGAUCUUCAGAGAGGAGUUUGGCUUGUAUCAGGGGAAAGUCUUCUGCUUUGUUCAUCUGAGCAUUCAGGAACAUCUAGCAGCUCUAUAUGCACACAUCUCCUGUACAGUCCACAACAGAAAUGUGUUUGACCAAAUCACCAAACGUAGUUUGGUGUCUAAAAUUAAGGACUGGUUUCAAAUCAAUUCAUCAAAACAUGUUUCAUUAUCUGAGUUGCAUCAGAGAGCUGUGGAUAAGGCACUACAGAGUAAAAAUGGACAUCUGGACUUUUUCCUGCGGUUCCUUCUGGGUCUGUCAGUGGAUUCUCAUCAGAUUCUUCUACAAGGACUAAUGAAAGAGACAAUAAGCAGCUCUGACAGCAAUGAGGAAACAGCUGAGUAUGUCAAGAAGAAGAUCAGGAGCAGUCACUCUCCGAAGAAAUUCAUCAAUCUGUUCCACUGUCUGAAUGAACUGGGUGAUCAUUCACUAGUGGAGGAAAUACAGCAGUAUAUGAGAUCUGGAACAAUAAAGCAAGUCAAACUCUCUUCAUCUCAGUGGUCAGCUGUAGCUUUUGUUUUGUUGACAUCAGAGAAGGAGCUGGAUGUGUUUGAUCUCAAGACAUUUGUUGUAGGAAGCAGUAAAGCUGAAAAUAUGAAAGUUUUUCAGAAGCUGCUGCCUGUGAUUAAAGAAUCCAGAUCAGUUCACAUAAGUGAUUGUGGUGUCACAGAUGAAGGUUGUGCUGCUCUGGCUUCAGCUCUGAGAUCAAACCCCUCACACCUGAGACAACUGGAUCUAUCCUGGAAUAAACUAGGAAGUUCUGGUGUGGCGCUUCUCUGUUCUGUACUCAAGAAUCCUCAGUGUAAACUGGAGAAACUGUGGUUGUGGGAAUGUGGUGUCACAGCUGAAGGUUGUGCUGCUCUGGCAUCAUUUCUGAGAUCAAACCCCUCACACCUGAGAGAACUGGUUUUGUCUUGGAAUAAUCUACGAGAUUUGGGUGUGAGGCUUCUUUGUACUGGACUUAAAGAUCCUCAGUGUAAACUGGAGAAACUGUGGUUAAGAGAAUGUGGUGUCACAGAUGAAGGUUGUGCUGCUCUGGCUUCAGCUCUGAGGUCAAACCCCUCACACCUGAGACAUCUUAGUUUGUCUGAGAAUAACUUGGGAUGUUCUGAAGUGCAGUUACUGUCUGAUCUAAAGGAUGAUCCACAUUAUAAAUUGUUGGAACUAUACUAUUGACUCUCAGUAUUUAGACGUCAGCUGAUGGUGAAUAAGGAGCUGCUGCAGAGACACACAGUCACACAAUCAACAGAGACUGAACACAGUGAAGAACUGUGAUUCUACUGCUUUACCAGCAGAGGGCAGAAAACACUACAAAUUAUUUCAGCAUUUGUUUCACUGUCAAUUCAUCAACA